AUGGCGUCGCAUUUGGACCUCUACGAAAGCCUGGAUAUCAUCGGCAAUGGCUCGUUUGGAAUCAUCCGGAAAGUCAAGCGCAAGUCGGACGGCAUGAUCUUUGCAAGGAAAGAGCUCAAGUUCGAGCGCAUGAGCGAGCGUGAUAAGAAGCAAAUCGUCGCAGAAGUCAACAUCCUCAAGGACCUCCACCACGAGCACAUCGUCCGCUACCACGACCGCUACAUCGACCACGACUCCGGCAUCCUCUACAUCCUCAUGGAGUACUGCUCCGGCGGCGACCUCUCCACUGUCAUCAAGCAGGCCGUCAAGCAGAACCGAUCCAUCCCCGAAGACACGAUAUGGAGCUACUUUAUGCAGAUCCUGCGCGCGCUGCAUUACUGCCACCACCCGAAUGGACACGGCCGCGCCAGCAGCGGCGGCCCCGCGGAGGACGGGAGGGAGCGGAGACCGCAGAUUCUGCAUCGGGACUUGAAGCCGGAUAAUGUCUUUCUUUCCGAGAUGAACACCGUGAAGCUGGGCGACUUUGGCCUGGCAAAAGCCCUCGCGCAGCCCAGCUUUGCGAAUACCUACGUGGGCACUCCCUACUACAUGUCCCCCGAGCUCAUGCAAGAACGCGCCUACGACUCCAAAUCCGACAUCUGGUCCCUCGGCUGCCUCAUCUUCGAACUCUGCGCCCUCCACCCUCCCUUCCACGAAGCCAAGACCCACGCCGAACUCAGUGUAUGCAUCAGAAACGGUCGUAUCCCGCCACUACCCCGACAGUACAGCCCCGCGUUGACGCAGGUCGUCAAGGCCAUGCUCACGCUGAACCCCGCGAUGCGCCCCUCCGCCGCCCAACUCCUGCAACACGAACGUAUCGACUUUGCGCUCAAAGUCUCCGAGACCGAAAAGAUGAUCGCCCAAAUAAAAAUGCAUAAGGCCUCCGCCGCAGCCAAGGAGCGCGAAGUCUACGCCCGCGAAGCCCUGCUCAAAGAGCGCGAAUCCAAACUCGCGCAGAAGGACGCCGAGCUCGCCCGUGCCCAGAGCGCCGUCGCUGCCGCCGUCCGCGAGGCCGUUGCGAAGCGCGAGGAGGAGCUGCGCGCGCUCGUGCUAAAGCGCGAGGUCGAGGUCGCGGAGAAGAUGCAGAAGCGCGAGGAGGAGAUCAUGGGCGCCAUCCGCCGGAGGCAGGAGGAGAUCAAUGAGGCGUGGCGCGCGCGGGAGGCGCAGAUCCGGCAGGAGGCGGCGCAAGCUGUUGAGGAGAGGAUGAGGUGGAUGGCGGAGCGGGAGAAGGAGCUCAGGGAGGAGAAGGAGCGCCUCGCGGGCAUUCGGGAGGAGCUGGAGGGCAGGAUCAAGGCGCUGGAGGAGAGGGACCGGACGAAGACAAGGAAAGAGCGCCGCGAUAAGACACCGUUCGAGGAGGUCAAGAACAUCCUCGCGCCAUUGUCGCGUCUGCCGCAGCACGAAGACCGCACCCCAAUGCGCGACGCGUACUGGCACGAAUUCCCGCCCAUCGAGACGCCCGUCAGUCAGUCCACCAAAAUCCUCCCCGAAAACUCCCUCCUCGAAGACUUUGCUCCCCCUUCGGCGAUGAAGGGCGUCAUCCUCACCGAGACCGGUCAGCCCAUCGCCACGCCUGCGCCCUCCGAGCUUGCGAAGCUGUUCGUCCAGAGUCCAAAGGUCGGGCUCAACUUCAGCCAGAUCUUCGACGGCGACGACGACUCCGACUCGGACGGUACGGUGCACGGUGGCGACAUCCAGGUGCAUGUGGACUCCGAGGAGAGCGAAGCGGAGGCAGACGACGAGCCGAUGUCGCCGUCCGCCAGGCGGGAGAGCGCGCGCAGGGAGAGUGCAGCUAGGAUAAGCCCGUGCAGCUCUACCGAGACACUGGCUGCCCCGCCUACGAGACUUCGCAGGCCGUCGAUACGCAGGUCCACGCUCACCCCAGCAAACUUCCCGCCCGUCUCGUCAAACACUACCGGGGCGAUCAACUCGGCUACCUCCUCGACAUGCACCGUCGUCCCCGCCUCCACGUCCGAACCGGCACUACCCACGAAGAGAAGUAACGACCCGCCGACGACACGCGUACGCACGAUCUCACGAACGACGUCUUCACCGCCCCAGUAUGACUUUUCCGACGAAGAGAAUCUUCCUAGUCCAUUCCUUAAGAAGACAGAGAAGGACCGGGGAGCCAUCACCCGAGCGGUCUCGAGCUCCGCCGCACUCGCAGCGCCUAAGCUCAAGGUCACCUCGAGUCGGCGACAGAGCAACAAUUUGCUCCGCGUCGCCACGGUAAACUUAGCCCAAGCUGCGGGCGGAAAAGGCGCAGGUCCGACGACACUGAAGAAGCAGCCGAGUACGAGCGCGAUCAGACCGUCGCUCGCUAGCGCACGGAGAGCGGGAGAGGAGGCGCGGAGAGCUCUGCAUCGGUCAUGACGAGGAUUAUACAUGUUUGUUUGGACCGUUCUCUGUUAUGUUCCACAUACGUUGUGUUUGUUUUUGCCCGUUUAUUGCCUUGAGUGGCUCGGCUGUGUGGCUGUUAGACUGAAUGGCUAUCAUUGUAUAUCUACAGCAUUGUUUUCCUCUCUGUACUUACAUUAAUCAGCAUGAGCGAAGAACCUCAUAUAUAUCCGCCUCUGUUUUACUGGUG